AUGAGAUUCACUCAGGUCCUCGCCCCCGUUGCUGGGCUCUUUUCCCUGGCCAGCGCUGCUGCCUACGGCGCAGAGGGCAUCGCAUACACGACUGUCGUCACGACCGCCUAUGAGACGUACUGCCCGCCACCCCCACCGACCGUCCCUGUGCCGCCCACCGUAGUUCCCGUGCCGCCCACCACCACGGGACCUGCUCAGGUCCCUGAGGCCGCUGCCGGCAAGAUGGGCGUCAGCUUCGGCGGUGCUGUCGUCGCUGGUGUUCUUGCCUUCUUCCUGUAAGGGCUAUGGGAAACCUUACCUUAUCCUUGAUAUGAAGCAAUGAGAUAUCAUGUGUACGGCGGUACUCUUCUUCUUCUUUACGCUCUCUUUGGGACUCGGGCCACACAUAUACACACGUAAGCACUUUUAACUUAGGUCCUCACGGGCAACAGGAGUUGGAAACAGGACAGGAAAGCUGGCGCAGGGCCAGCCGGAUGGACAAGUACAGUCAUUACCGGCAUGAGGGACGGGAGUUUAGGCUUCGCACCAAAGCGAAACGACCUCAUGAAAACACACAUACACACACACACUCCUUGCAUAGGAGGAAAGGCUUGGAAUUCGAGAGACUAGAGAAGAAUCGAAACCCGAGGCCCCCGAAUCCUCCAAUACCCAACCCACACAAA